AUGCAAGGACCAAGAACAAGAAGAAGAAAACCAAUAAAAUCAUCUGAAGUUUUGUUUGCUGUUCGAGGUUGGUGUUCUGGCGGUGCCAUAGCCAGUGUUGAAAUGUUUGAUCCAGUUACAAAUGAACGGAGAGCUGUAUCACCAAUGUCAAAACGAAGAUGUGGAGUUGGUGUAGCUGUACUUAAUAAUCUUUUAUAUGCUGUUGGUGGACAUGAUGGCGUUAGUUAUUUGAACAGUGUGGAAAAAUUUGAUCCUCAAACAAAUCAAUGGAAUAAUGAUAUAGCACCGGCAAGCUCAUGUCGAACAAGUGUUGGAGUUGCAGUACUGAGUGGUUGUGUUUAUUCAAUGAGCAAUAUCAGGUGA